AUGGCUGACAGCGACGGAGUGGUGGAAAUAGAACUACUAGACGCCAAAGAGAAAUCCUUCAAUGCUUCAUCAAAGCGAGAGGUUUUCAGUCGGAAACUUGAAUAUAUGUUAGCUUUGAUAGGAUUUACCAUCGGAUUGGGAAAUGUCUGGAGAUUUCCAUAUUUAUGCAUGAGGAAUGGUGGAGGUGCGUUCCUUAUCCCGUUUGUGAUAUGCAUGGUGACCUGUGGAUUGCCGUUGUACUAUCUGGAGCUUUCUCUCGCACAGUUUGCUGGAAAAAGCACUCUUGUCGUCUGGGAAAUUUGUCCCCUUCUACGAGGUUUGGGGUUUUCCAUGUGCUGUAUCUCCUUCAUAUGUACUUGGUAUUCCGGUCUGAUCAUGGCGUGGACACUUUGUUAUUUGUUCUACUCUUUCUACCCUAUAUUACCUUGGUCCACGUGCGAUAACUCCUGGAAUACGGACAAGUGCGUCACAUUGAGGACCAAGAUAGAGACACCCUACAACGUCACAUCCUUUGUCAACAAGACGCCUUCAGUUGACAAUCUGUCUAUGACAGCAUCAGAAACUGUCACAAACAUCGGCUUCUACCCGACGGCAGCAAAUGAGUUUUGGAGAUACCAAAUAUUGAACGCUUCUAGUGGCCUGGACGACCUGGGUAUCCCACAGUGGCAUAUUGUCCUUGCACUUUUUCUCAGCUUCACGAUCACAUUCCUGUGUAUCGUAAAAGGUGUGAAAUCUGUUGGAAAGGUGGUGUACGUAUCCGCAUGUCUUCCAUACCUACUGCUGACAAUCAUUCUCAUUCGAAGUCUCACUCUUGAAGGCUCUGUUGAUGGGAUACUAUAUUUCAUCAAACCAAAUUUCGAAAAGCUUGGUCAAUUUCAGGUAUGGUUCGAGGCAGCGGUACAGGCAUUUUUCUCGCUAGGUCCAGCGUGGGGAGGUGUGCUCACAAUGGCUAGCUUCAGUGACUUUAAAAACAAGACGCUUCAUGAUUCGCUGGUAGUGUUGGUGGUGGACAUAUUUACGGCGUUUUUCUGUGGGUUUGUCGUUUUCUCCAUUGUUGGUUUUUUGGCCCAGGAAGCCAAUCUCACCAUUGAUGAAGUUGCUGAAUCAGGUCCUGGCCUCGUAUUUCUAGCCUACCCAGAAGCCUUAGCGAGACUUCCGUUACCUCAGCUAUGGUCUGUGCUGUUCUUCAUUAUGGUGUUUAAUGUUGGAUUGGAUUCUGAGUUUGCUAUGGUGGAGACAAUAACAUGUGGACUCAAAGAUAUGUACCCGAAGGCUUUAGGAAAACGAAAAUACCACUUACUUCUGGCAGCCUUUACAGUGUAUUUCAUAACCAGCAUAAUUCUAGCGACUCAGGCUGGUGUAUACAUUUUCCAGUUGAUUGACUGGUAUGCCUCUGUCUUUUGUAUCUUCUUCAUGUCCUUCUUGGAGUGCGUCAUAAUCGGAUGGCUAUACGGUGCUGAGCGAUUCAGUCGGGAUGUUGAGAUAAUGACAGGCUCGCCGGUACCUGUGAUAAUCCGAAUAUCAUGGUGUUUAGUGACACCUGUUAUCAUGAUAAUCCUGAUUAUUAUAGCCCUCUCGAAGUACGAGGAGCCAACAUAUAAAGGAUACAUGUAUCCCUCCUAUACCAGUGUACUAGGUACCUUCAUUUGUCUGGCUGCAGUGAUUCCAUUACCCAUCGUCACAUGUCUCGACAUUAUCAGAACACCUGGAACCUUCACGCAGAGAAUAAAGAGCUUAAUUCAUCCACCUGUAUCAUGGGGACCAAAAUGUGUGGAGGCGAGACAAACUUACAAAAUGUUGAAAUACAGUAAAAGUAUUUGGCGGAAUAUGAAGACAAACCUAUCUGGAACGCGAUGA